AGCAUUAAGACGGCACUCCCCUUCUUUCACGAAUUUCGUACGAUCGCCACUGCAGACGAUUGAACGGUCGGUACGAUUUCUGCAGGCCUAAUCAGUCUAGUUACUCGCGAAAGCAUUCUAGAUCUAGAGUGGUUCUGCGGGGAAGUCAGCCAGGCGGGACAUUCCGUGGAUCGCUGUUCGCCCCGGUCCCUGGUAACUCACCCGACCGCGGUACUGUAGAUUAUACUAUCAACAUAGGCCUGCCAGUUAGCCAUCGCGAUGUCGCUUAAACAGGAAAUCGAAACCUGGGUCGAGGCGCUUGCACAUUACGACAAUAAUGAAUAUGAUGAAGCGUUGAAAGUAUUCGAUAAUAUUGCGGAUACAUCAAAGAUCUUGUUCAACUGUGGUGUCAUCCAGGCGACCUUGGGAGAACAUGAGAAAGCGGUCGAAUGCUACCAACGUGCAGUAGCCCUGGACCAAUAUCUGGCUGUUGCAUAUUUCCAGCAAGGAGUUUCAAACUUCCUGUUGGGCGAUUUCGAAGAGGCGCUGGCCAAUUUCAACGAUACCCUCCUCUACCUCCGUGGCAAUACAUCCAUCGAUUAUGAGCAACUAGGGCUGAAAUUUAAGCUGUUCUCUUGUGAAGUUCUCUUUAACAGAGGUUUAUGCUACAUCUACCUGCAGCAGGAAGCUCCUGGUUUGCAGGACUUGGAAUAUGCAGCCAAGGAGAAAGUCACGCCUGAUCACAAUGUCAUUGACGAGGCCAUUAAAGAGAAAGCAGAGGGUUACACUGUCUUCUCAAUUCCUGUUGGCGUGGUCUACAGACCGAAUGACGCCAAGGUGAAGAAUCUGAAAACGAAGGACUACCUGGGGAAGGCCAAGCUGGUUGCAGCCGCUGACCGUAAUAACGCUUUCACUGGGUUCCAAGGUUCAGAAUUGAAGAGAGCGCAGACCAUGGAGGCCAAGGCAGCAGAUGACCGCCCCGCUGAAGCGAUCUCGUAUGCAGCGACGAAUCUGGUCCAAAGGAAUCUCACCAGUCGAGCGCGACAGCUGUCAGAACCUCCGCUCAACCGCAACACCUUCCCUCCAACACCACCACCUGAUUCUGAUAAAUCUGGCGACGGCUUCGGAGGUGGCGCCUUGACGCAGCGGGCCGCAUCAGUACGCUCUGGCCGUCCUCCAAACCUCAACUUCAACCGAGCUGGGGCCACAACAAAUGGCCGGACCAGUGAGAUGCCAUCUAUGGACAGGCAACGCCCUGCCCCAUCACGCGCGGCUUCAGAAUCUCGACGCCCCAGGCAGUAUGCUGAUUCCCGCCGUGACGUUAGCAGGCAACCUGCUUAUCGAGAGACGAUGGGAUCAAGAUACCCCGAGGACGGCUACGCAGACGAUGUAUAUGACAUGUACACUAGCCCGCGCUCAACUGGGAAUUCCAGUCGAAGAGGACAGUCGAGACGGCAACAACCACGGUACAUUGAUGAGGACGAAGAAUACGCGAGCGACGGAUAUGAGGAUGACACCUUUGAUGACGGCGAAUUCGAGAUGAUGCCAGCACCCCAGCCCCGCCCGUCUCAGAGGAGAAGGGCAAACUCUCGCCGGCCUGAUGUUCGCAAAUUCCGUGUUAAGGUACACGCAGAAGGCGACAUACGCUACAUUAUGAUCCCAGGUUCUAUCGACUAUGGUGAGUUCGAGGGCCGGAUUCGAGAGAAGUUCGGGUUCCGCUCUCGACUGCGCAUCAAGAUGAAAGACGAAGGCGAUAUGAUCACCAUGGCCGAUCAGGACGAUCUCGAUCUACUGAUCAGCAAUGCCAAGGAUAUGGCAAGGAGGGAAGGAAACGACAUGGGCAAAAUGGAGGUAUGUGUACUCUCUUGUCUUAUCAAGUAUCCCAUCACAUAAACUAAUCGGUCAUCAGAUAUGGGUUGAACAGAAGUAAUCACCUUCGUGUCGUUGCGGUUUCUUUUUUCCAAUACGUGGACGCUUUCCUGGUCGUUCCGCAUGUUUACGUGAAGUAGGUACUACUUGGCACCUGGCGUUAAGGAGCAAGAAUUUGUUUUCACC